AUUCCUUGGCUCAUGUGGAGUUAAAUGCAUACCAAAAUGUGUGCAAUUUUAAAUUAACCAAAAAAAAAAAGUUUUUUUUUUUUUUUACUUGUCCUAGACGGCUUAUCUGAUUUUUACGAAAAUUGUCUCAGAUCAUCUUCAUACCAUGCUGGCAAAAGGUUAUUGAAUUCAAGCCGAUUCGUCAAAUAACAUACGAAUGAAGCCAUUGUCAGCUCACACUGACCACAUCACAUCAAUUUAGUAACAGCGCCACCUAUUGUUCAAAACCUAUAAACCAGUAAAUCAUAUUACUAUUUAAAAUCAUCUUAAAAUGUCUUUAAUGCCAGGGCUAGGCUGCCAGGUUUAGCUCCUCAUUUUGCCUCUUUUAUGCUUGGCCCCUUAAUUGCUGUUUGCAGCUACAUUGUUGUGUAUAUUUUGUGUUGUGUUCUGAAUCGCGGCUGCAGAUGUAAGUAACGCCUCACUGUGUCUCUUGCAGUAUCAUGGGCCUCUACGCAUCCGUGGUGCUGGUGAUCGGGAAAUUCGUCCGCGAGUUCUUCAGCGGCAUCUCGCACUCCAUCAUGUUCGAAGAGCUUCCGUGCGUCGACCGCAUCCUCAAACUCUGCACUGACAUCUUCCUCGUGCGGGAAACCGGCGAGCUGGAGCUGGAGGAGGACCUGUACGCCAAACUCAUCUUCCUUUACCGCUCACCAGAGACCAUGAUCAAGUGGACGAGGGAGAAGACCAAAUGAGCCUGCUGGGAUUGCCUGAAUUCCCAAAGAAGGAUGCUGCAUCUCGCAGGAAGGCGGCGUUAAGACUGCGAGAUUCACUGAGCGGUUCAGGAGCUCUAGCGCCACCUGUCUGUCUGGAGCCUCAAACGGGAGAUUCGUUAAUCACGCGAUGUGCAAUAUACUGUCCUGGUAGCUGGCUGUAAACUUGAACAAAGAAGGGAGACGGUGACUGAACACUAGCCACUUUUUUCUUCAGAGAAAACUGGACCCAGAAGUGCUUGGGUUCGUGAGACGACAUGACAUUGAAAUUAUUUUUUUUAGUUUUAGGCUUGAACGGAGGACUGAAGGGUUCUCGGGAGGAUUAUACGCUCAUCUGGAUGUCACAUCGGUGUGAUUGUGGAUCAAUAUCAUGAGCAUAAAGCACAUUCUGGAAACCAACUAUUGUCUUAUUUGUCUGUCUACAUGUUGCACUUUUUAGUUUUUUGUUAUAUAUAUAUAUAUAUAUAUAUAUAUAUAUUUAAAUGACCAUUUUGUAUGCAUAAAUCUGCAGAAACUCAGACGUCACUGUAAAAGGCAUCUAAAAUAUGCAAAAGAUCACAGAUUCUCUUUAUUCAGUGGUAUUCUGAAACCAUGCAAAUCCAUAAUUAACAGAAAAUGUUCUUCAUUAAAACAAGCUUAUCUGAACAUGAGAAACAACCUUAGGUUUUGUUGUUUAAGGCAUUUCAUGCAUUUAUUUGCAGCAUCCUGCUUCAUUUUCUGGCGAAGCUCAAGUUCCAUAUAACAGAGUUAAGUUGAGUUAAGAAUGAAUGGAAUAAGUUUAAACCCUAUUGAAGCUACAAACACAAUGUACAGUAAAUACAUUCCCUUUUUUGGUAAGGCAGGCACUGUUAUUUGAUUUCCAGCAUACAGAAUAUUCAUAUGACCGUGUAUAAUUUAAAAUAAUGAGUUGUGUAGUAUUCCAGCACUGGUUUGAAAUACUGUACAUAUAAAGACUCGGCUCCUGAUUCACCCACAGAAGGUCCCAUUCAGCCGUGAAGCUGUUCGUCAGGUUUGGGUUUACAGAAGCUUGUUUCCACCAUGCAAUAAAACAAUAAAAGUAAUUGUGACUUUAUUGCACAAUUCAGAUAUUCGUCUUGCAAUUCUGUGUAUAUAGAAAAAGUCUGAAUUGUGAGAGAAAAAGUCUGAAUUACCAGAAACAAGCUUCCAUAUGGGUUUGCCUGAACACUCUUUAGAACACAAAUUUUCAUUUUAACAUUAUAGGUGAAAGGCAAACCUAAAUAUGCAUACUUAAAGGGUUAGUUCACCCAAAAUUCUGUCAUUAAUUACUCACCCUCGUGU